AGCAAGCAUAGAGCCAUGCAGAAGUGGAUAUGCCGUUCUAGUUCCUUGCUACGUAGCUUCGUACGAUCUAAUUACUGCUGUGACAGAGGUUUAUUGUCCAUCAGGAUGCCUCACUACAAAUCUGACUGUAUGGGGAACAGAUAUCUACACAGAGAAUUCCUCCAUAUGUCUGGCAGCUAUCCAUGCUGGUCUUAUUACAAAUGGGGGAGGAUAUGUGACCGUGGAGAAAGUGGCUGGACAAUCGAACUAUACAGGAUCCACCAGGAAUGAACUGACAAGCCUCAGUUAUAAUAAAUCCGUUAAUUAUUUUAGACUGACCACUUCCUAUUCAUCGAGCACCAGCACAACACCAACCACUACUAAUAGCCCUUCUUCUACCACAGCCAUCCUCAAUACCACAACCACUGUUUCUGCUGUUUCUAAUAUAUCUUCCACAUCCAAUGCCAUGAGCACCACAAUUGAUACUCCUGCCCCCUCGAUUCGCACUAGCACUGCAGUUAAUUUAUCUUCUACCUCCAAUGCCAUCAGCACCACAAUUGAUACUUCUGCUACCUGGAUUCACACUAGCACUGCAGUUAAUUUAUCUUCCACCUCCAAUGCCAUCAGCACCACAAUUGAUACUCCUGCCACCUCGAUUCGCACUAGCACUGCAGUUAAUUUAUCUUCUACCUCCAAUGCCAUCAGCACCACAAUUGAUACUUCUGCCACCUGGAUUCACACUAGCACUGCAGUUAAUUUAUCUUCCACCUCCAAUGCCAUCAGCACCACAAUUGAUACUCCUGCCACCUCGAUUCGCACUAGCACUGCAGCUAAUUUAUCUUCUACCUCCAAUGCCAUCAGCACCACAAUUGAUACUUCUGCCACCUCGAUUCUCAAAAGCACUGCAGCUUCCACCUCCAAUGCUGCUAACCAUGCAUCUACCUUCUCUUUCACCUCUUCCAAUCCUGAUACCACUAGAUCCCACGUAUCUACUACCACCACUGCUAAUACAACUUCCGCAGCCUAUACAAUAUCCUCUAUCUUUCCGUCUUCCAGUAUUGCUAGCCGUACAAGUACUUUGUCAGAACCUACAACUUAUAACCCAACCACCGCAAGUUCAUCUGUGAAUGUUGUUACUGGCCAAUGUUCCACAGCUGCAAACGACAUACCAUACACAAUUGCUUAUGUGAUAUGUCCUGGAGGAUGCAGUGACAGUGGGGGUAUUUGGGGAACUGGAGUUUACACAAAUGAUUCUCCGAUUUGCCAAGCUGCUAUCCAUGAUGGAGUAAUCACCAAUGAUGGAGGAAUAGUGACAAUCGAGAAGAGGCCUGGUCAGUCCAGCUAUGAGGGAUCCACACAGAAUGGAAUUACGUCCAGUUCGUACGGAGCUUGGUCUGGAUCGGUUAUAUUCCAUUAA